GGGACCUCGACAGGCUGGAGGGCUGGGCUCGGGUGAACCUGAUGAGGUUCAACACGGCAAAGUGCAGGGUUUUGCAUUUGGGCCGGAAGAACCCCAGGCACCCGUACAGGCUGGGAGGAGUGGUCCUUGAGAGCAGCUCGGCAGAGAAGGACCUGGGGGUCCUGAUGGACGAGAGACUGAAUAUGAGCCAGCAGUGCGCUCUGGCAGCUCAAAAGGCAAAUGGGAUCCUGGGCUCCAUCAGGAGAGGGGUGGUCAGCAGGGACAGGGAGGUGAUUGUCCCUCUCUACUCGGCUCUUGUGAGGCCCCAUCUGGAGUACUGUGUCCAGGUGUGGAGCCCUCAGUACAAAAAAGACAUUGAGAUUUUGGAAAGGGUCCAGAGGAGGGCGACUAAGAUGAUCAGGGGGCUGGAGCACCUCCCCUAUGAGGACAGGCUGAGGGAGUUGGGCUUGUUCAGCCUGGAGAAGAGAAGGCUGCGGGGUGACCUCAUUGCAGCCUAUCAAUACCUGAAGGGAACCUACACCCAGGAGGGGAGUAAACUCUUCAAAAGGGCUGACAACAGCAGGACUAGGGGAAAUGGUUUUAAGUUGAAGGAGGGAAGAUUUAGGUUGGAUGUUAGGGGGAAGUUCUUUACUAGGAGAGUGGUUAGGCCCUGGAACGGGCUGCCCAGGGAGGUUGUGGAUGCCCCGUCCUUGGACGUGUUUAAGGCCAGGUUGGACGGGGUCCUGGGCAACCUGAUCUGAAUGUGUAUGUUUGGUGGCCCUGCUAGGCAAGGGG